AUAUAAGAACGAAUUGUGAUAUUUUUUUCCAAGUUUGAAACAAAUUAUAAUUCUUCUCUUUAUAUUCUUCUCUGAUUCAUAUCAAGGUUAGAAACCCAGUUUCCGCAUUCGAAGGAAGGCCAAGUCUUGAGCGAGUCUGGCUUGAGAGACCUUGGUAUCAACCGACCCACCUUAAAAUUUACUGCUUUUCAGAGGGAUUCUCUUGAUACGAGGUUGAAGCUUGAAUCCUGGAGCUAGAUUUCUCCAUGGGUGAAGCUCAGGAGAUCUUCCUAAAUGGGAUACAUGGAGUUUUCCCUGUUGGGCUUGAUUCAGAAUCCAAAGGCUACCAGACAGCUACCAUACUUAGCGAGAAGAUUUUUAUGAUCGGGGGUUCGGAUGAUGGAUCCAACCUGUCCAUAGGCAUCCGGAUUUUUGACAAAUCGACGGGUAAAUGGGAUAUUCCCACUGUGUUGGGUACAAAACCCACCCCAUGCAAGGGUCACUCUGCAGUUCUUUUAAAUAAAGAAAGAAUUUUGAUUCUUAAGAGGGACUCCACCCCGGAUGACUGUGCUUGGUUUCUUGAGGUGGAUACCCCAUAUGUUAGAGAACAAAAGAAGAUAAUGGAAACUGAGGUGGUUGCUUGGAGUAAAGGUGUUAAAGGUGAAGGUCCUAAACCAAUUGUUAUCAGUGGCCCCUCUGGAGUGGGCAAGGGCACACUGAUAUCUAAAUUGAUGAAGGAAUUCCCAUCUACAUUUGGGUUCUCUGUGAGCCACACAACUAGGAGUCCCAGGGAGAAGGAGACAAAUGGAGUCCAUUACCACUUCACUGAACGAAGCGUGAUGGAGAGGGCCAUAAAAGAUGGGAAGUUCCUUGAAUCUGCAUCUGUUCAUGGUAAUCUUUAUGGGACCAGUAUUGAAGCUGUUGAAGUAGUAGCAGAUGCAGGAAAGAGAUGCAUACUUGACAUAGAUGUUCAAGGUGCCAGGUCCGUAAAAGCUAGUUCUCUUGAAGCAAUUUUCAUCUUCGUCUGCCCACCCUCAUAUGAGGAGCUUGAAAAGCGACUUCGUGCACGGGGUACUGAAACAGAGGAACAGAUUCAAAAAAGACUGAGGAAUGCAAAAAUGGAGCUUGAGCAAGGAAAGUCAUCAGGUCUUUUUGAUCAUAUGUUGAUAAAUGAUAACCUUGAGACAUGCUAUGAGACUCUUAAGAAACUCUUGGGUCUUGAUGGAAGCAUGGAGGCCAUCUAUCAAUCAUCUCCCAAAACCUUGGAACACCCCAUAGACCAUUUGGUAUCUGAAAUGGAUCAGAAGGUCCUGGUUCAAUGCGGAACUCCUGAACUAGAAAAAGUGUCAAAGAGCUUGUUUGUACUCGAUAUUUCUACAAUUAAAGGAGGGGCCCCAGGCCGGACAAGAGGACUAAACAUGUAUGCAAUGGACCCAUUUACAGAUGGUUUGAAUGGGUUUAAACAGCUCCAAAAUCCAGUCUAUUCAAUGAAUUGAAGUGGUGGACUAAUCAAGACUAACUCUGGUGCUCAGUUUUGCAUUUUUUUUUAAACUAAGAAAAAGAAGAGAAUGGUGGAAAAUACAGUCGAAACACGACUCUUCUAUUAAUCUCCUCAUGCAUUGCUGAUUCAUGGUGAAUAUAUCUGAGGAAACCAUUCUUUAUUAUUUUUAAUGGGAACAAGGGCAGCUAGAAUUUUUUUUUAAUUUAUUUAUUUUCCUCCUCAUUUGUAGUAGAGUUAAAGAGGAUUCAGUCAUUUGAAUGAUUUUUUUGAUCUUCUGAAUUCUCUCUUAGUUUUUGAGUUUUUAUAUUUGCAAUCAAUAUAUAAUAGAUUUGAUUCUAUUA